UGGGAACAAGUGAAGUCACCUUCGCGCAAAACGGACGGGUGGUGAUAGUCAGCUUUUCAUAGAUGGCCCUGAUGUCGCCAUUCUUGUUGAUUUUUGUGGUGAAAGACAAUAGUUCCUUGUGAAUCUAUGGAGAUGAUUGAGUAUUAAAAUCUGAAUAAGUUUAUAAAUGUGACAAUAUCAUGUUUGGCAUGGAUAAUUGAAGCGUAUCUUGGAUAAAAAUUUAGAGUUCUCAGGAAGUUGAUGACUGACGUUCGUCAUUUCUGAAACGUAAAGACGAUGGGUCAAACAUUGUCAGAACCUGUUACAGCAAAGGAAUCUGCAACAUGCACAAAUUCACAGCUGAAAGUUGGAUCAAGCUGUAUGCAGGGAUGGCGAAUCAAUAUGGAGGAUUCGCACACGCAUAUUUUGUCCCUUCCGGAUGAUCCUGGGACAGCUUUCUUUGGAGUAUAUGAUGGACAUGGAGGAGCUAAAGUUGCACAGUAUGCUGGGAAACAUCUCCAUAAAUAUAUUGUGAAGAGACCAGAGUAUAAAGAGGGUAAUAUUGAAGAAGCACUCCGUCAAGGAUUUUUGGAUGUUGAUACAGCUAUGCUUAAUGAAGAGUCACUGAAAGAUGAACUAGCUGGCACCACUGCUGUGGCUAUUGUCUUGAAAAAUAACAAACUUUAUUGUGCCAAUGUUGGUGAUUCUCGAGCAGUUGCAUGUGUAAAUGCCAAAGUAGAUCCUUUAUCUUUGGAUCACAAGCCAAGCAAUGAUAUUGAAAGUCGGCGAAUCCAGGCUGCUGGUGGUUGGGUUGAGUUUAAUAGAGUGAAUGGAAAUCUAGCAUUAUCAAGAGCCUUAGGAGAUUUUGUGUUUAAAAAGAAUGACAAAAAGCGUGCUGAAGAACAAAUUGUAACAGCUUACCCUGAUGUAGAGGUUCGAGAUGUAACUCCAGAUUGGGAAUUUGUUGUUAUGGCCUGUGAUGGUAUAUGGGAUGUUAUGUCAAAUGAGGAAGUGGUGGAGUUUGUGCGCCUUCGUAUAGGAACAGGCAUGGAUCCAGAAGACAUCUGUGAGGAUCUAAUGACCCGCUGCCUUGCCCCAGACUGUCAGAUGGGUGGUUUGGGAUGUGACAACAUGACAGUGGUACUCAUCUGUUUCUUGCAUGGGCGACCAUAUGAAGAGCUGUGUGCUCGAUGUGCCCAGACACCUCCUUCCGAUAAUGGCAAUGGCAACAGCACUGAUUACUCCAAGUUCAAUUAGAACUCCUGGCUGUGUGCCUUGUAUCAGGCUGGUCUGUAGAAUUCAUGAAACAAAGCAAAUCAUAUGUAUAUUUUUGUCCCAAUUUGUAAGACGGCGCAAGCUGUCAUUUCAGCUAAAUCAUAUGUUGACUUACAAGUUAAUUUGAAAAUGCUUUAAAAGCAGUUAUGGGUGAUAUUUUUAUUUAAAUUGAAUAUUGGAUUUUUUCCUAAUAUCAUAAAAAACUUCUAAUGAAGAAUAUUUUUUAAUUGUUCUUUGACACAGAAAUAUACGACCUAAAAUUUUAACGAUUUUAUCUUUUCAUUGUGGGAACAGGGAUGGAAGUUUUUGUGUUAUUCCAAACCGUGCAUCGUUAAUUGAUAAAAAUCUGUGUCGCUGCAGUCAGGGAUUUGUAAAAAGAGAAAAAAAAAUUGUGUUCCAUUCUCGUCUUGUGAGAAUUUUUUUGUAAUAACAUUCACAUAGAUAUUUAAAUUGUUAGCUUCCUUUGUGUCUGGUGUUUGAGUUGUGUAUGUCUUGUAUUUCCGUGUGUGAAUACAAUUUGCAUUACUUAUUCAUUUUGUUUGUUUCAUAGAUAGAAAGACUAUUCAGAAAACAGAGGUAAAUGACUGAGAGAGAAUUGCUUGCAUAACUCCCCUCUCGCAGGAAUUGAAAGAUUUUGUAUGUAGUGCUGUUGUGCAUAUAGAUACUGCUCUUUGCUUGCAUUUUAUGAAAAAAGUCCUACUCCUAAACAUUAAAACAUUUAUCAGAAUAGGUGUUUGUACAAAGUCUGAUGCUUUGAUAACCAAAAUUUUAUUUUCAGCAUGCUGCAGCAUGGUUCUGUGUGCAUUUGAUUGUGGAAAAAACAAACACAGGAAAUAUCUUUGUAUUCUACCUAACACAAUUCAUUUCCUUUUCAUGGGUAUUUGACUCAAGUAGAUGAUAUACAUAUAUUUUUAUACACAUACAUUUUCCAUGAGAAAAAUCCGAAAAUUCAAGAAUUCGAAGACGUUUGUACAGAAGUAAUGAUGGGCGAAAUUGACUUUGCAGUAUGAUGUAGAUGUGAAACUGGUGAAUGAAUAACUGUUUUGUUGAUGUAUGUUUUGUAUGUGUUUGUGUAUAUUUAUGACUGAUAGUGUGUUUGUGUGAUGAUAUCGUGACCUCUGUACAUCGUCUUCACUCUGAUAAAUUUAUUUGGGACACAAUUGUGUAUACUUUUUUAUCAUUCACAUAAGGGAGGUAGAUUUUGGGUGCUGGAGGUGAUGGAAUUUCCUUAAGAAGUCAUGUGCAACAGAGCUGGGCUACAUUGUUUUGUUUUCUUUAACAUCUAUUACUAAUGCAAUUGUUAUUGAAUCUCUUGACACACAAUGUUACAGCCCAGAUCAUAAGGCACUUCAUGAAAAUGUUUACUGAUUUUUUUGAUGUUAUGUUUAAAUAUUUUGCCCGACAUUGGUCUUGUUAGGUGAUUUGAGGAUGCUUUGUUUAUCAAGAACUCAUAGAUAUGUUGAAUGUUCACCAACUGAGUAUAUACUUUAGGAUUGGGCUAGAGAGCAUUUAUUUAAGUACAACUGGAAACCAAACUACCCAGGUUACUAUGUUUACCUCUUGUCAGUAAUUAAUCUGAGUCUUUAGUAAUAAUGAUGUGCCAUGCCGUGUAUAGUUACAGAAAAUAUUGUAUCACAAGGAUGUUAGUCCUGAAUUUUAGUUUUAUUGGUAAUGUAAUAUAUACCCCCUUCCCAUGAGAUGAUUUCCAUUCAAGCAAGACUGUCUUGGCUAAGAAGAGCAAGAAAUGGAUGUUAAGGUAUGACAUGGUCUACAUAGUUUCUUAGAAUUAUUCACUGUGUGUGCUACUCUUUUAACUCUUACCUCAAAGAUGACUUACACAUUUUGUUGCUGUAGGCCUUUGCUAUUAUAAGGAUAGUUAUUUUUCUAUCCUAUUGUCUUAUCCUAGGUUUUCAAAAGUGUAGAAUAGUGAUAUUAUUUGUUUAAAAAAGGGCUUGAUAAAAUAGCAUUUCAAACUAGUCUUGUUAAGUCAUGUGCAGUGCUCAAAGUGGAAAAUCUCAUGCACAUAACCUGUCACUUGACUUACGGGCAAGCCUAAGAGAAUCCUCUUGAAAUCCAUGAUCUGAUCUACAAGGCUUGCAGUGUCUUUUUGAGUAGCGAUUCUGCUCUUGCAUGUGUCUAAUGUGUGUUGAGUGCAUGUCUGUUUGGUAACCUCCGUCCGUCCAUGUACAAUUGCCUGUACUGUAAUGUCAUUUUUAAAACCUGUGUCUGAAGAAAAAGUUCAUGAACACAUUUUGAAAUAUUGAAUAUUAGUGUUAAUGCAAAUAAUGCAUGACUGCACUCAUGUUUCUUACAACCCAAGAUAGAAAUGCAACUGCCUAAGGGAUGCUGUAUUUUCAACCUGGAGCUUACAGCUCCACUUUGAGUACUGUGUGAUUGCUUGAUUUUCGUUGUUUCUAUAGGGAUCUAAAUGACUUCUUCCAUCCUGUUUUUCCUGGUUUGCAGCAUGUAUUGUUAAUGGUAAGCAUUUAUGACUAGUUCUCUUCUAUUUUCCAAGUUGGUGGUUUAGCAUGGGUCUGUGAUAAGAAUUUGUCAUGGAAGAAAUAUUGCAGGAUGGGGUUCUUGCUCUUCCUAUAUUAUUUUUCUGCUAAAUAAUGGUGAAGCCAUUAUUUCAACAGCUGACAUCAGCUUGUUUUAGUGUAAAUAUUUAGAAGUGAGCAUUUUAGAAAUAGAUGUUGGGUCACAAACGUAGAUAUUCUUUCCUCUACUUUUAAUCAAAUAGUAUUACAUUUCUAGGUAUACUGUCAUCAGUAUUGCUUAUUUUGGAAAUGGGGAUCAUAAUUUGUGCAGGGAGCUAUUCAAGUGAUGAGAUGCCAAAAGCUUUUUACUGUUUGCAUUUGUGUUAAUGGCCCAUGCUCCAUUCCCUAGCAGUGGAAUCUUGCUGCAGAAUGUAAAAUAGAACAGAGUAUGGUGUUAAUUUUUCAAUGUGAAUAAUGGAAAAUGUUGCAUUUGUUGCUUCUCGCUGAAAUCCAGUGAGUUACAUUAGUCAAAUGCAGUGUGUUGCUUGAAUGCAUACAUACUGUAUGAAUUUCUAUGCUCAAAAACUUUUAUGGGCCAUUUAUUCACUUGUUUUAAUCAAGAAAUAUUACAAUAUGUAUAGAGAAUAUGUAUAUAAUAUACUAUGAUGAAGCUUUCAGAUUUAAUAAAUUGUUUAAAUUAUUGCAAUGUAGUUGUUUUAACUUAGUUCUGAGUUUUGUGAUAUCUAAUUACAUUAUGACUUGAGCUGAAAUUUGUUUGACUGAUUGUAACAGACUUUUUCACUUGGUCACUUUUCAGGUGGUUUUUGAUAUUUUUUACUUUCCUAGCCUACAAACAAUUAAUUGUACUUCAAACAUGUUGGAUUUUCAUAUUUAAAACUACAGUUCGAUGUUUUCGUUAUCAUAAAUGAUUAAAAAUGCUAAAAUUGCUAAAAACUCACCCUUCAUUUUAUUGAUUCAAAAAUUGCAUUAUGGUUUGCAAUUUUAAGCACUGAAGAUCUAAAUCACCUUUGAUUUGGUACUGUCUGACACUUUUUCAUUUAGUUUUCAGAAGGGUGUGUUGCAGGAAAUGCAAAAUAUGACUGCAAUUGUAUUUUAAGUAUAAUGCAUUUUACCCCCACCUUUGAAGAUCAAAAGUAAUUUAUUUAACAACAAUAUUAUUAAUAUAUAAUUCCUUCAAUUCCUUAAAAUAUAUUUACCUGGAGUGUAGUACUUCAUGUCUAAAAAUUAGCUAGGUAGAAUUCCUUUAGAAAUGUUUGAACGAAAAGGGUAUGAGUAAUUUUUAAAACUUUCUCAUUUUUGGAUGAGCUUUAUUAAAAUUUAACCUCCAAGAAAUGUGGAAAAACCUUGCCCAUUUAAUGUACUUUCUAAAUUUAUAUUUUAAUGAAGAAAGCUGGAGACAGUUUGGAAUUAGUUUGUUAUUUUUAUUAUACUUAUUUUCUUCUGACAUGUUAUUUUAUUUUUUAAUAGAAUUAUUCACAAAGGAUUCAUGUGAAUUAUCUUUAGAUGUGUGCAUGUGUGAAAUUAAAUGCUUCCAAAUACUAUACUGCAGAGUCCAGUGCCAGUUGUUUGGUCAGUGAACUGGACAUGCUGUGUGUUUUUUGCAUUUCAAGCUUCUUCAAAAGCAUCAAAUACAUAAGAAACUUUUAAAAAUUACUUCAUUUGAUAUUAGUGUAUUUGUAAUGAGACUGUAUGAUGUUGUGUCUUAAUGUCAAGAUACACUUUAGAUUCCUAAUUAUAAAUAAAUUGUUCCAAAUAUAAUUAUGCUAUUAAAAGUUUGAGGUACACAUUCAGUUCAAAAUGAAGAAUAAACACUGAUAUUUGUAUAUUUUUCAUAUAUACACUUUUACGUAAUGGCCUAUUUAGACAUUUUUUUGCUGUUACAGUCAGUCUGCAUAUAACAUAAUUUUUCAUCAAAUUUGCAAGGCUCUGUGACAUGUUUUUGAAGUGUUAAGCUUCAUGAUGUAUUGAUGCACUGUCAUGUUUUGUGUGAUAUCCUUCUAUUGGUUGUUAAGAUUGUGUGGUUAUUUUUUUAUUUAUCAAUAAGCCAGUUCACACUUCACAAAACCAUAUCGUUAAUGAGUAGAGAAAAGGCCAGUUUUGUGACUGCCUUCUUCCCCUUUGCAAGAAACAAUUUGGGUUAUUUAAACCAAGAAGCAAGGAGCAUGACUAUGUACUGAUCUCAAUGACAAUCAGAUUUUUAUGAAUUGUGCACAGUGAUUUAAACAAUGUUGGAUCAUUGGAAGACAGCUGUUUUAUUAAGAGCUGCCAGAAUUUCAAUGUUUGAAAGUUACUAUCUUUUACAUGUAAUGUCACUGGAGAAAUUGCACAUUUUAUUCAUCACAAAUUCUCUACCUUUCAUCUAUUUGAGUAAAACAAUAACAACAUUUUUAGAAGUAAAUCAAUCAAUUAAUAUUUUAAGAUACAGCUUUUCGAAAAUGAUAUUGUGAAUUCAGUCAAUUGAUGAAAAGUAGUAUGCAUUGUUUGAAAAUAAUGUGAUUGCAAAAAUGUGGAAAUGUAUAAGUUAUUCAUCUGGAAAAUGCUUCAUAUUGCAUAUCGGUCCGUAAUGCAUAUUACCAACGUGCAUCAGGACAACACUGCGCUUAUCUGCUCCAGUGCCUUGCUUGCUGUGGUUCUGUUCUUGCACCUGUGCCUUGAGUUGGCAGUCACUUAACUGGCUUCUAUAAGGUAUCUGCAGCAAUUGGGCAGUUAUUUGUGAAAAUAUACUUCAUCCAGUCAGGUUUGAGGAUGGGCGAGUAACUAUUGGAAUACAAAGGAACACAAAAAGAAGAGGGUGAGAAAAUUCUCUGUAAAAUCUUUACAUUCUGGUAGUUGCACUAUUUCAUACUAGCUAACUUGCUAUUGCAUAUUGUGUUUAUCAUAGCCAAUGAAAUUUUCAGAAUAAUUGAGAAGUUGUAAUUCAGUAUCUUUCAGAUAGUGAAAAUAUAAUGGAAACAUUCUAUUCAUAGUUAAAUGUGCACUCUUGUGUACUUUGUAAGAAAAAUUAUUUUAACUUCUAUGUUCUUAGUUCAUUUUUUUCCUUUACGGUUUUGCAGUAAACUAUAGACUACAGAAAAAAUAGUUCAUUUGUUUUCACUAUUUUAUUUCACGAGCCUGAUCUUAUGUAAAUAGUUAUUAAAUUUACUUUCUUCUUCUUGGCUCUCUCUGUGACUCGCCUUUCCAAUUAGAGAAAGUGAUGAAUUCCUUUUCUCAUUAGAGAAUAAUAUUCUUGUAUUUUGUAGCUCCCAGUUGCUAAGUGUGGUGUGAGUUGGCUUGAGCUCAGUGCCUGUCUGGUAGACGCACACAUUGGGCCAUGUCCUUUAGAUGAUGUCUUUGUACAGUGUAGAUGUUCCUAGCAGAUAUUUUAAAAUUAACAAUUUUGGUCUGCUGUUUAAAAUACUGUCCCAUCCUCCUGGUUUGCUGACUAUAAACCUUUUUUGUUUUAUCUAACAUAUUUACCUUGUAUUGAUUUUAUAGUGUACUAAUUACUUACAUGGAAUGUAAUUAUCUUAUAUUAGGGAUUAAUGUGUUAGGGAAUUUCCUCUCAUAAUGGUUAUUGUACAUGACAAACUGGAGGAUAUUUGUAUUAUUAAUUUUUAAUUUGAAAUUGUACCUGUGCUGUAGAAAUAUGUCUAGAAUUCUUGUGAUGUUUUUUUCAUCCCCAGAUUGUUAUAAAAAUUUGGGGUUAAGUUUCUUGUAUUGUUAUAGUGUACUGUACUCUACUUAGAUAUUAAAAAUGUUUUUAGUUGUUGAAGUUCUGUACUGUAGCUUAAGAAACAUAACAUAAAUCACCGUGAAGUGCAACUAAGGAUUCUUCAGAGUAGCAAGACAAACGUGCAGCAUCAGAACAAAGUUACUUGGUUUGUGAUAUAUCUUGUAAUCUUCUGUAAAUUAUAGUCUCCAAAUUAUGACUCAACAUAGGAGAUAUCAUCUAAUCUUACAAAUUUUCUGUAUAAAAAUGUUAAAUAUUUAAUUUGUAAAUUAAUAUGAUUUCAGCAAAUACCAUUUAAAAAGUUUCAUUCUGAUGUUGCUGUUUGUAUUCUUUAAGCUUUCUUUGCAGUGUGUAAGAAGGGAUGUAACCAAAUAUGUGAGUCUGUCAGAGAUUGGACUGAUGAAAAUGUUAUUUGAACUAGUCGUUCACUAAACUUUAGAUCUUGUAGAAAUAUACCUGUGUAUUUUGGGUAACAAAUUUCUGUUUUCUUAUUUCCAAGCUUGACAACCUGUGAUCCAAAGUUUUAUUUUUGUUGUGAUUAUUUUUUUUUUGCAACCAUUACCUUCAUCCCUCCCUGUAUGUGAAUGUGGUUGAUACUGUUCUGGGUGUUCCUGCAUCAUCAAUUUUUGUUUAAGCAAUGCAAAAUAAAUAGCUAGUCUUACAUGUGUAAUAAUUGAUAUUCAGUUAACCCUGCUGUACUG